CCGGGGCUCACUCGAGCAAACGAGCAACAAACAAGUAUUUAUUUUACAAGACUUUAAAUUCGUAAAUAUCUUCUAAUAAACACAAUAAUGGCAGAAUUUUCUGAAUACACGAAAUAUGACGAUGCGCUGUCAUCUAUUUUAGUGAACGAGAAAUCAAUAUUAGGUUUUCUCUCAGCAAUAUUUAAUUUUUUAGCGAGACGUACCGACUUUUAUUACAUACCGGAAGGACCAUACGAAAACAUGGGUUUCCCUCCAGGAGUAGCUGAGGAGCUUGUCAUAAAAGUAUUAAAAAAGUGUGACCCGAAAAAUUGGACGAAAUCAAAUGGUAAUCAGAACUCUGCUGACAUAAGUAACGAAAUAAUGUGCUCGACUGUCGCUCAAGAAGUUGAAGUGGUAGCAGAGGAAGAUGAUAUACAAGGUCCUUGUGACACUAAGCAAGUAGAGGUAACAACAGAAAAGGCAGGAAGUGGUGCAGUGCAAAAACCACCAGAUUCCAGUUCUCCAUGUGCUCCACCGGUGAUUCCAGUGCAAACAAACAGUGAUACUUACAAUGGAGCCGAAAGAGAAAAGUAUUUUUGGUCACAAACAAUUAUGGAACUGGAUGUAACCGUGAAACUUCCAUCAGACAUAAAAUCAUCCAAAAAUCUUAAAGUUACUAUAAACAGUAGUGACAUAUGGGUAGCAUGCUCUAAUGGAGAAAUUAUAUUAAAAGACACCCUGCCUUACAAAAUUAAGACAAUAGAUAGUUUUUGGAGUAUUAGUGAAGGCAGACUUUUGAUACAUUUAGAAAAAGUCCAAGAACGCUGGUGGAAUAGAUUUUUGAACAGUGAAGAACCAAUAGAUUUAUCAAAAAUUGAUUGUUCAAGGCCGUUAGACGAGCUUCCAGAAGAUCAUAUUGCGAAGGUAAGAGAACUUCAAUGGAAUCAAGAACAAAAAUUAAAAGGCCUUCCUACAACUGAUGAAAUACGCAACCUGGAAAUCUUAAAGAAAGCAUGGAAUGCACCUGGAUCACCCUUCAAAGGCAAAGAAUUUGACCCAAAUGUACUCAGUCAAUCCAAUAUUCAUUUAAACAAGGAAAAAUAACAUAAAUAAAUACUUAUUUGAACCUCAACCUAUAUUUUUAUCAAGUUCCAAAAAAUUAAAAUAGCUUUUCAAAAUAUU